ACCGCGGAAUUGCCAAGUGGAGAAUUGGAACUUGCCGCGCGGCAUCGUGCGCGAAAUCCCCGCUCGGCACAGGCGGGAUCAAGGCUGGAUCAAGGUUAGGGUCAGCAGGCUCGUCGCUGCCGGGCUUGGCGUUCAUCAACACCUUCUUCGCUGUCCACGACCAGCUCGAGCGUGUAGACGCUCCCUGGAAGUUUCCCUUCCUUCCCCCUUCUUUUAUCACCUGGUGCAGGGUGCACGGCGCUCUGCGGCAGGGCGUCAUUCCUUCCCAUCAUGCCCUUCCUCAAGCGGUCGCAGCAGGCCGACUCCGACGAUGAGCUUGACGACAAUAUCGACCCGGAGCUACGCCUGCGCACCGUCCGCACCGCCCACAGCGUUAUCGCAGAGUCUAUCCGCUCUGAAGUGCGCGCAGAACGCCGCAAGUCCCGCCGCGCCAGAGGUCGUUUCUUCAGGAAGAGCACCGAGAAGAAGCAGCAGCCGCAGGAGCAGGCACCCGAGUCGGGAACAGAUCCCGCGGCGGGCGUCCCAGGCGUCCGCAGGCGUGUCUACGUGAACUGCCCGCUUCCCCCCAACGAGGUCGAUCAGCACGGCGAGCCGCUUGUGCGAUAUGUCAGGAAUAAAGUCCGGACGACGAAGUACACGAUUCUGACGUUCAUACCGAAGAACCUGUAUGAGCAGUUUCGACGUGUCGCGAACGUGUUCUUCCUGUCACUUGUCGUCCUCCAGAAUAUCCAGAUAUUCGGCGCCCCGAACGGCAAGAUAUCCAUGCUCCCUCUCGUCUUCAUCCUUACCGUCACCGCUAUCAAGGACGGCGUAGAGGACUAUCGCCGCGCCACCCUCGACGAAGAGGUCAACACCUCGGCUGCGACUAAACUUGGCGGCUCGUUCAAGAAUCCCAAUCAGCCUUCAGAUCCCCGCACCUGGAUCGAGAAGCUGCUCGGCCUGAAUCCCCCGGGGAAAGUCACACGUGGAGUGCGCAGGCUCCGUGAGCGCGAGGCCAGUGAGCUCAAGCGUACGAUCGCGAUGCCACGACGCUCCUCCGCUAUGGAGUCUGAGCGCAACAACGACUCGAUGGAAUUCGGCUACGGUGCGGGCGGGCGGAAGCUGGACGAUAUACAAUCUGUCGAUUCGCACUCAUAUCCGCCCGCUAGCCUGGACAUGUCGAAGACGUCGCUGUCAUCCUCUACGAGCCAGCUUAUGCCUGCGCCUCCAAUAGGUGCAGGCUCGGGAACCCUAGCCGAAUACCAGCAGCAUUCGCUACGAGAUUCCGCUGCUACGCUCACUGCCGGAGUCGUCGAUUACUCGAAGCGAAUUACGGGUGCCAGUCAAUGGGAGCGUACGCUCUGGAAGAAGCUAGAGGUCGGCGAUAUCGUUCUGCUACGGGACAAUGACCAGGUGCCCGCGGACAUCGUCGUGCUCUCUACGUCCGACCCCGAGGGUAUGUGCUAUCUCGAGACGAAGAACCUCGACGGCGAAACCAACCUGAAGCCGCGACGGGCGAUCCGCUCGACCAUGAGUAUACAGUCCGAGGACGACAUCGAGCGAUGUAGCUUCGUGCUGGACUCCGAGCCGCCUCACCAGAACCUCUACGUCUACCGUGGCGCCAUGCACUACGAGACGCCGGAGGGUACCAAGACGGACCCCGUGACGAUCAACGAGCUGCUCCUUCGUGGCUGCUCUCUGCGCAACACGCAGUGGGUUGUCGGCUUGGUUGCGUUCACCGGCGCGGACACGAAGAUCAUGCUGAACGGUGGCGCUACGCCCAGUAAGCGCAGCAAGAUCGAGAGGGAGACGAACUUCAAUGUCAUCGUGAACUUCGUGCUCCUCGCAAUGAUGUGCGGGAUCUCUGCUAUCUUCAACGGCCUGGACGACGGCCAAGGCCAGAGUAGUAGAGAUUACUUCGAGGCUGGGUCCACUCCCAGUGAUUCACCGGUGCUCAACGGGAUUGUGACUUUCUUCUCCUGCCUCAUCGCCUUCCAGAACAUCGUCCCCAUCUCCCUCUACAUCUCCAUCGAGAUUGUCAAGACCAUCCAAGCGUACUUCAUCUCGCAGGACAUCGACAUGUACUACGAGCCCUACGACACCGCCUGCGUGCCCAAGACGUGGAACAUCUCCGACGAUCUCGGCCAGAUCGAAUACGUCUUCUCCGACAAGACCGGCACGCUCACGCAGAACAUCAUGGAGUUCCAGAAGUGCUCUAUCGCGGGAACAGCGUACGGCGAGGGCGUCACGGAAGCGCAGCGUGGAGCGGCGACGCGAACGGGCGGCGCUCAGGCAGGCCCGGGAGACCUCGCAUCGCUGCCCCCGCAGGAGCUGAACGAGCAGCUGGCGGUGCUCAAGCAGCGUAUGCUGUCCACCAUGGAGCGCGCGUUCAAGAAUCGAUACGUCCAGACGGACAAGCUCACGCUCGUGUCGCCGAAGCUGGCCGAGGACCUCGUCGAGCGGGGGCCGCAGCGCACGGCGAUCGUGGCCUUCUUCCGUGCGCUCGCGAUCUGCCACAGCGUCCUCGCGGAUAGGCCAGAACCUGAGCGGCCGAACUAUAUCGUGUACAAGGCGGAGAGCCCGGACGAAGCGGCUUUGGUCGCUGCGGCGCGCGACGUCGGCUUUCCGUUCGUCGGCAAGGGAAAGGACGGCAUCGACAUUGAGGUGCUCGGGCAGCGCGAGCGACAUAUCCCCUUGAAGCUCCUCGAAUUCAAUAGCACGCGGAAGCGCAUGAGUGUCGCCGUGCGCGCCCCGGAUGGCAGGAUCAUCCUGUACUGCAAGGGCGCCGAUAGCGUCAUCUACGAGCGGCUGGCCCCUGACCACGACCCGGGGAUGAAGGAGGCGACUGCGCGCGACAUGGAGGCGUUCGCCAACUCGGGUCUGCGCACGCUGUGCAUUGCGUACCGCGAACUCACCGAGCACGAGUUCAUGGAAUGGGAGCGGAUAUACGACGCCGCUGCGAGCGCGUCCGAGAAUCGCGAGGAGGAGAUCGACAAGGCGAACGAGCUGAUCGAGCGCAACCUGACGAUCCUCGGCGCCACCGCGCUGGAGGACAAGCUGCAGGAGGGUGUACCCGACGCGAUUGACACGCUGCAUCGGGCGGGCAUCAAGCUGUGGAUCCUGACGGGCGACAAGCUGCAGACGGCCAUCGAGAUCGGGUACAGCUGCAACUUGUUGAAGAACGAGAUGGAGGUGAUGAUUCUGUCGGCGGACACGAUGGAGCAGGCGCGGUUGCAGAUCGAGGGCGGCUUGAACAAGAUUGCCUCCGUUCUGGGCCCACCGUCUCUGAAGCCGCAGGACCGCGGGUUCAUGCCGGGUGCGAAAGCUUCCUUCGCGGUUGUCAUCGACGGCGACACCCUCCGGCACGCACUCACGCCGGAGCUCAAGCCGCUUUUCCUUAGCCUCGGUACUCAGUGUGAGACUGUUGUCUGCUGUCGCGUCUCUCCGGCUCAGAAGGCACUCACUGUCAAGCUGGUCAAGGAGGGUCGGAACGCGAUGACGCUAUCCAUCGGCGACGGCGCCAACGACGUGGCGAUGAUCCAGGAAGCGAACGUUGGGUGUGGGCUCUUCGGUCUCGAGGGCUCGCAGGCGGCCAUGUCAGCGGAUUAUGCUUUCGGGCAGUUCAGGUUCCUGACCAAGCUCUUGCUUGUACACGGUCGAUGGUCAUACCAGCGCGUAGCCGAUAUGCACAGCAACUUCUUCUACAAGAAUGUCAUCUGGACAUUCGCUAUGUUCUGGUUCUUGCUCUUCAGCAGCUUUGACGCGACAUAUCUGUAUCAGUACACCUUCAUCCUGCUGUGCAACCUUGUCUUUACUUCCCUUCCGGUUGUUGCUCUCGGAGCUUUCGAUCAGGAUAUCAACGCCAAGGCCGCGCUGGCCUACCCUGCUCUAUACGUCCGUGGAAUCCGCGGCCUGGAAUACACUCGAGCGAAAUUCUGGAUGUACAUGCUCGACGGCCUGUACCAGUCUGCGGUCGUCUUCUUCAUUCCCUACCUUGUAUGGAUACUUAGCACGGUCGCCAUCUCAUGGAACGGGAAGACUAUCGAGUCGCUCGCAGACUUUGGUACAACCGUCGCAGUGGCGGCCAUCGUCGCCGCGAACACCUAUGUUGGCUUGAACACUCAUUACUGGACAGUCAUAACGUUCAUCGUGGUCAUUGGGUCCUCCGUCAUCAUGCUCCUUUGGAUACUGGUGUACUCGUUCUUCUUGAGCAGCGACUUCAUAGACGAGGUCAUCAUCCUCUUCGGCGAGUUGACGUUCUGGACGACGGUCGUCUUCACUGUGACAGUUGCUUUGAUCCCUCGCUUCGUUGUCAAGUUCUUCAAGACGGCCUACUACCCUCUCGACAAGGACAUCGUCCGCGAGAUGUGGGUUCUCGGUGACCUCAAGGACAAGCUCGGCAUACGGCACCGCAAGGAGAAGAAGAACAGGCGCCAGUUCAGCGACAGCGAAAGUGCGCCGAUGUUCAGCGACCUCCACAACCGCACACACUCCGAGAUGUCUCAGGCAUAUGAGAUGACUUUGACCGCAAGCCCCAGAGGCCCCCCUCCACGGGAAACCUACCUCGAUACCCCGCCGCUGGACAGGGGGAUGGACCGAGGGCAGAACGACCAAAACGACUACAUCAACCCGCGACGCGCGCCCUCCCCCGGAUCGCAACCUCCCACCUCACCCCCACCUACCAGCCGCCAGGUCGCCUGGCACCCAGCCCGUACUCGACGUCGCCGCACGGCUCGUACUACUCCGCAUCCGACCUCCCUGUCCCAUCCCCUCUACCGUCGCCGAAGUUCAAGUACUCGAAUGGCGAUGUCACUAGUACACCACCCACGCCCAGCCGAAGUCGGCGGACGAGCUUCUCGUCUGGGCAGACCGCGUCACCCUUAG